GUUCCUGGGCAGUGGGCACAAGGAGCCCUUAUUAACUAUAUCAUACCUUCAAGUUACAUGUACCCAUGAUCGUGCCUGUCACUGGUGAUGGUGCUGCUCACAACCACGCCUGCUGCCAAGGUGGCUCUCGUGGAAUACUGUAGACGGCAGAAAGACAUUGAUGAGGGCUGCAGCGACGAGGCAAAGGAGCGACGCGAAAAGCUGUCGACGACAGAAAUUGGCAGCCCACUCGAGCAUCAUGAGCUGGUCGAAAUAUCGAGGUUCUUGGUGCACGAUGCGGCUUCUGAUAUUGCAAAGGCAUGGCGUCUAGACUCACUACUGAAAGGUGCCCAUGUCUAUCAGCCUCCGCCGCCCUCGAAACCAGAGCCCAGCAGCGAGUACAAACGCUUGAUGCAGCGCCUACGUGUCGAAGAAGAACAACGACAGUACGAACGAAUGAUCAACCCUCCAGCUCAACCAGAAACCUUCGGCCAACGCUUCCCCAUGGCGACUUCAUCAUUCGGAGCCAUUGGAUCCUCAACCGCAGAUGAAGUUGACGAAGUGACCUAUGCAGAUGUCAACAGGCAAAUGGUCCUGAUCAUCAACGUCUUGGUGUCCAUCAUCUGCACCAGCGUGGCAGUGUGGAUGGCAGCACGCCGCUGGAACGUCCCACAACGAAUGGGAUUAGCGUUCUUCAGCAGCACUCUUGUGGCCGUCGCUGAGGUGGCCAUUUACAUGGGCUACAUUCGACGCAUCCAAGAGUCCAAGGCAACAGAGAGAAAGCAGAUCGAGAAGAAGGAGAUUCUUGAUACGUGGGUUAUUGACGCCAAGUCCUCUUCGUCGUCCCAAUCUGCUAUUCCGAGCGACUCGAUGCGGUUCAGAAAAGGAAAACACCGUUGAUCGCCUCCUGAGAGUACCUAGGGUACCUCCGAUAUUGAAAUUCUUUCUGCCUGAGGAUCACGUGGCGCAAAUCACGAAGGGUCGCGCUCCUAGCGCGUUUGCCAAAACACAUCAACAACUCUGUCCUAUUCGCUGGACUUCUUCCCGCACUUCUUCCCUCUCUUACGACUGAGAUGAAAUAAGGUAUCAACCAACGGACCACCAUUCUUGCCUCUUUAUUCCGCAUGGCCGACAGAGAUUUCCACCACCCGUUUCAGCCUUAUGCCAUCCAACAGCAGUUCAUGGAAGGCGUUUAUGACUGCAUCGAACAAGGCAAAGUGGGCAUCUUCGAAUCUCCUACUGGGACAGGCAAAUCUCUGAGUCUGAUAUGUGGCUCGUUGACAUGGCUUCGCGAGCACAAGCGAAAGACCUUUGAUGAAGCUAUGGCCAGUGUCGAGAUCGAAGAUGAUGAGCCAAUCUGGAUCACUGAACAUGCUCGGCAAGAGCGCAGCCGCGAAAUUCGACAGCUGAGAGAGGAAUUCGAGGCGCGUCUGACUGCUGUGCGCGAACGGGAGAAAAAGGCCAGAGAGCGAGCUCAGCGCGCCGCGAAUGGUGAACCAUCUUUCAAGCGGCAGAAGAAGACAAAUGCCGCAGCUGAAGACCCCGAGGACGAGGAGCAGUUCAUGUUGGACGACUAUGAAAGCGAGAACGAAGCUGCGUCUGACGGUACACUGUACUCUGUCGAAACUAGGCGACUCAUGGAGAAGCUGGGUCUGUUGCAUACGAUAGCGAAGCAUGGAAACGCCGAAGACGACACCAAUGAAUUGAAGAUAUAUUUCUGUUCCCGCACGCAUUCACAGCUGUCUCAGUUUAUUGGCGAGCUCAAGAGAGUCAGGCUGCCUCCUGGUUAUCCUCCCGAGCAAAAAGAUUCAAGAGGAAAAGCAGGUGAGAUGACUGAAGAGCUGAAACAUCUGACCUUGGGUUCACGUCAAAAUUUGUGCAUCAACGCCCGCGUCAAUAAGCUGCCCACAUUAACAGCAAUCAAUGAACGAUGCUCGGAGCUGCAGCAGCCAAAGACGCCUGCGGACAAGAAGUGUCAGUAUCUGCCACAGAAGGACAGUGAGCACGUGGUACUAGACUUCCGGGACCACGCUUUGGCGGAAAUCCGUGAUAUCGAGGACCUGGCCAAAUUAGGUUCGAAACUGCAAAUCUGCCCAUAUUAUGCUGUCAGACCUGGCAUCGGUCACGCCGAGGUCGUAACGCUGCCCUACCCUCUUUUGUUGAACAAGGCUUCGAGAGAAGCACUGGGUAUAUCUCUAAAAGGGCACGUGGUCAUCAUCGAUGAAGCACACAACCUUAUGGAGUCGGUUGAAAGCAUACAUUCUGCCUCCAUCACGGAGCUCCAGCUCCAACAAGCAAAAGCUGGGGUUGCGGAGUACUAUCGCAAGUUCAACAAACGAUUGAAAGAUAAAAACAGAGCGUAUGUAACGCAGAUCAUCAAGGUAGUUGCCUCGCUGCUUCACUUCAUGAGCAAUGUGCGCCAGCAGAGCAGCGAUGGCAACAUCACGACUGCGAAUGCACUCCUUGCUACGCAAGGCGCUGAUCAAAUCAAUCUUGUCAAGCUCGUCCACUACAUCACCGAAAGCAAGUUGGCACGCAAAGUCGAGGGCUACAUCACUCACCUCGCUCGCGCGGAGGCUACUCGAGCGCGGAAGCCUGUUUCUGAUAGUGCUGCAGCAGAAGUCCCAACCCUUACUCACUUGCAAAACUUUCUGCCAUGUUUGAUGAAUCCUGCUAGAGAAGGACGCUUCACUUGGGUCAAAUAUGAUGGCACAAUCGCUGUGAAGUACAUGCUGCUCGACCCGGCCGAGCACUUCCGAAACAUUGUCGAAGAGGCGAGGGCAGUCAUCCUCGCCGGUGGUACCAUGUCCCCUAUGGAAGACUACAAACAGCAGCUCUUUCCUUACUUAGAUGACAUCACGACAUUCUCGUGCGGGCAUCUGAUACCAUCAAGCAACCUCUUCGUGCGAACAAUCACAUCCGACCAGAACGGCUCCAUCGAUUUCACCUUCAAGUGCAGAGAAAAGAACAUGAUUCGAGCAGGACACGCACUUUUACAAAUCGUGCCGAAAGUCCGAGGAGGUAUGGUCGUGUUCUUCCCCAGCUAUUCCUACCUCGAGGCAGUUCACCGCGCUUGGAACUCUGCAGGCUUGACCUCCCGCCUUGAAGCCCAGAAACCAACUAUUUACGACACGCGCGGUACCGCGGGUUCUGAUCCUUUCGCGUCUUACAAAACCGCUAUUCAUGUCAACCCCACCCGAGGCGCUCUACUGCUCUCCGUGAUAGGCGGUAAACUCUCCGAAGGCAUCAACUUCUCCAACGAACUUGGUCGAUGUGUUGUCGUAAUUGGUCUGCCUUUCCCCAACUACAAUGAUCCCGACUGGAAAGCCAAAAUGCAGUACCUGGAAGAAAGGGCGAAACAGAGAGGAGAGCCGAAGGGUAGAGCCAGCCGAGAACGUGGAGAGAACGUCACGAUGAGGAGUGUUAACCAAGCCAUUGGUAGGGCUAUCAGGCAUAAGGAUGAUUGGGCGAGUAUACUACUUUUCGAUGAGAGGUAUGACGACGAGAGGUUUAGGCGAAAACUUCCAGGGUGGAUCAGAAGUUGUGUGGAUGAGAAGGCGGCGGGAAACGUGGAGAGUGUGGUAAGGGAGUUGGAAAGGUUUUUCGAGGGCAAGAAUCAAGAGGAGAUGCUGGAUUCUUAG